AUGCAGGAUUUCAAAGACGAUGGCGCAUAUCCAAAUGAUGUGCCUCUGGAACUGGAGGUAUCCCAGUCUAAUGAGGUCCAGCCAAGUAUUUCUCUAGAGAAACAACCACCAUCUCCUGAAGAUGACUCGCGUGAGUCGCAAAUGCAACGUAAUUCGAGGUUACAGAAUGAAUUGCUGCGGUUCUUGGUUAUGCGCGAGCAGCAAUCAACUCGCAAAAAGCCACAAGACGGUCUGUCAUACUCCGCUGAACAAGCAAGGAGGGCUGCAAAAGAUGAAGUCACCACACCAAGUGACGAUGACAGUCACACACAGCAAGACUCUGACGAAGAUCUAGAGUCUGACACGGUAUCCGAGGACGACUUAUCCGACACAGAUACUACUGACCUUCCUCGAGUCCCAGGACCUAAACUGGCUAGGUUUCGUCCACUUGCCGAUCCUCUGGAUAUCUCUUUUGAGGAAGUACUCCACAAGGGCCACUAUUCUCAUGUUUGGAAAGUCUCCUGUCGUGGAUAUACAUACGCGCUCAAAAUCUUCAAGCCAGGUGCAUGGUCCGACCUUCUUGAGAAAUGGAAUUCCGACGACUGCCCAUUGCCCCAGGGAUGGACAAGAGAAAGCCUGAAACCAUACACGGAUCCUUUCUUCAAUGAGUGUCGUGUAUACGGACGGCUCAAGGAGACAAACAAGGAAAAUCUUGCCAUGGAUUGCCACGGUUAUGUCAUGUUUUCGUCCGCUUACCUGGAAGGACAAGGCGUCGACCUGGGCUUUACAACCACGAGCGACCCGAGCUCGGCGCGCGGUUCUGAGCCCGGCAUCAUCCACGAGGGUAUGCCCGAGGAGCCAGUGGGACACGGCUCGGAACUCGUCUACGCGCUCCUAAAGGAUCUCCCACCCACCGGGGCGAUUUCAGUGCGUCCGACGGAGUCGGAAGUGAAGCAGAUGUCCAAGGAUCUGUUGACUCUGCACAAGCUCGGCAUCUUUCACGCCUCCAUCUCACACUCCUCGUACGUUGCCGGGAAGCUUGUGGAUCUCGGUACGGCGCAGACGGUUCCCAGCCCAUGGCUGGACGGGUACUAUCGAGGCAUGAACCCGGUGAGAAUAGGCAAAGAUCCAGCGUUUAGCGAUCAGGUUGAUUUUGAUGAAAAGGUCAUAGAUUAUUGGAACGACCAGCCCAAGACGAUAGCGCCGGAGCCUCAGACUGAGAUGGGAGGCAAGAAUAGUAAAACAAGACAACGGAGAGUGAAAGACCUUGCAAGAGUCUUUACCCCGGAACAAAAGACAUAUCGCAAGCUGAGGAGUGGCAAGGACAGGCAGUUUCUCGUGAACUUACGGCUUGGUGAAGGGUGGUUUGAUCCCUCAAAGUACAAAUGGGCAGGGGCCGAUGCGGAAAACUCGGAACUUGAAAAUAAUCAUACCAAGAAGAGGACGUGGUCCAAUGACACACCUAUCGUUGAUGAACAAGCAAAUUCAACUCCCCAGAAUCAAAUCCAGGCGAAGAAGCGCAAGUUUGGACGAGGCGGUGUGAAGACUUAG